UAACCCCAUCUAGGGCAGCGUGCCUCACUAUCGUCAUCCGCGUCAAAACGGUAACAACAGACGCGACGAGCGCAAAGCUGAUGCGUGUCGUCGUUGCCGUCGCCGUCGCAAAAGCAUUUCCUUUCUUCCGUUUUCUCCUAACCGGUUCUCUCGCGCAGUGCUUUUUUCGUCCGAUUCAAUCCAUAUUCAACACCAUGCUGCCGCCACCAGCCUGUUUUGCUUUGCGCGCAAGCAAGCAGCAUGCUUUUCAGUUUUAGCCCUCCGGGAGCCCGACGACGACGAGACGCGACGUCGAACGGGGCAUUGCGCUGAUGGUUGAGCGCUGAACAACAGCAGAGCGCGCGCGGCAAGUCUCGGACCGGCAUGCGAAGGAGCACGCGUUUCAGUACCAACCUAGCAUCCGAAACGAUAACAGCCUCGGCGAACAACAUAAAACAACACGCGUAUCACAUAAACAUAGCCGAGACUUUAUAGAGCUAGAGAGGAAGAAUAUCAGCUGCUGGGUGCCGGUCGUCGCCGUUGUUGGACGGGGUUUAGGGGCGCGUUAUUGGGUCAUCGCAAGCGUAGUGGUGGUGCAAUAGAAUAGCUAUACCUUUCGUGAGGGAGAGUGAUUAAUGGUAAACUCUGUGAGUGCAGCAUACUAGUUAAGGUGCAACCUAGGCGAGUCAACAAAGAGUGUGAGAAGAAAUCGAGUUCACGGAGGAAAGUUUUCUCUCGGGGCGGCGUGGAACACGGAAUACCAAACGGGUGAUAGAGGUGCAUAUUGAGAGAAAGCAACCGUUUUGGGUGAAGGAAAACGAAAUUUAAGGAAAGAAAAACGACGGACAAACAAAAAGUGUCUGACCUUGAUAAUCGUCGUUUCGGUCGUCGAAUCGAAUGAGCGGGCGGUUUGGUUAGUCGGCGUGAACAGGCGAACGAAUUUCGACGUCGCGACUUUCGUCAUCGGCUUGUUGUUUGUGUUUUAUUUUUGGGGGUGCCGGCCGUUUGGCAGUGUGAAUUAUGAUUGAAGUGUGCCUUAGGAAAUGUGAAUGUACGAAGCGAGGUGCCUCUAAUUAAAAUUUCCAAUUUAUUUCUUUACUACAUAAAAAGUGCACAACUCCACAAAGAAACCGUUUGUUAAAUCCGUCCAUUUAGUGGUUUAGCGGAGACGUGGUUUCUCGUCUGCCAGUCGGCACUGGUACUGGUGACUAACGGGAAUAAAACGGGAAAUUACGCUUCGAGUGCAGCAGCCAACAACAUCAGCCGCAGCAGACACCAGUGCUGGUCAUUCCCGUUUACUUGGUGCAACACGUUAGAUUCGCAGUGCCCCCGGGUGGUUCGCAAUGGAUAAGCAAACCGUAGCACUUACCACAAUAUUUCUGCUGUUGGUCUUAG